CACAGAGGUGAAUGUAAUGUAACCGUCGUGCAAGAGAUUGCUAAUGUGGAGGUAUUUUUUACCUAUAUAAGCAAUCCUCGUAGUUCGCCAAAAUAUCGAUUCGCGUCGAACGACGCUUUUGACUGUUGGACUUAUGGAAUCCCAUGAUUGCAAAAAUGUUAAAAAUAUCUACAGGAGUCGGGACAAUGCGCGAUUCCGUUUUCAGAGGAAUCAGUCCAAACAUAAUUUACGAUGCCGUUUUAAAUAAUGUCAUUUUGUCAGUCAAAACGUUUUCAUUAACUUACGACAGUUUCGCCCGAGUCUUAAGCAUUUAUUAUGUGAUUUUACAAUCAUGACAAUGAACCGAAGUAGCGUUCCAGUUUAUAGCCUUUUAACAUGACAAUCAAACACGUGUUCGUGACAUGAUCACGUGUUUCGCAACGCUGAUGACACACACUGCGGUAUAAAAUAAACGUACGUGUACCCACGCGGUCACAUAUUAAAUAAGAAUAGCUGAAGAAAACAUACCGCUAGAAUACGAUUUUUACACUAUUGGUUCUUAAUAUCGCAUGGGUACGCGAGAUAAUACACACAGUAACGAAGGUAAGUGUAUGAAUAUUGAAUGGGAAAGGCUGAAAUCGUUCGAACGGUUCCCGUCUGAGCCAAGCGUAAGCUUUAUUCGCUUAGCUCAGGACGGUUUCUUUUACGACGGUCAAGGAUCGGAUGUUGUCUGUUUCUGUUGCCAUGCGACAUAUAGACCUAAAGACUGGGGAGAUAAUAUUCGGGCGAUUCACAAAACUGUGUCACCAGCGUGUGUUUUUGUGAAUGGUGGACACACGAACAAUGUUCCUAUUCGUGAAACAAACUUUAAUUUAAACAACGACGCUGAAAACAAUCGAAACACUGAAUAUACGUCAGGUGCUUCGAGUGAUAUUGAUCGAUCGGCCAGUGGUGGGCCACAAGACUUGGUGAACAGGGAAGAUGCAGAUAUCAGACACAAAAAAGAAAAUAUUACAACGCGCUCAAGUAAUGACGAAAUCCCCCAAGGAAAUGAUGAAUAUUCCAGAAAAACAGAUACUGAAAAGGUGGCAGCAGAAAAUGAGAAACUGCGAUCAGAGAUAAUGUGUAAAAUAUGUAUGGAUAGGGAUGCUUGUGUCGUGUUUCUACCAUGUGGCCACAUGGCAACGUGUGAAGUCUGCUCUAAGGCGCUAAGAAAGUGUGCCAUGUGUAGGACUGUGAUCAGGAGAACUAUUAAGUCCAUCAUAUAUUAGAUUAUCGGGUAAGACCAACAACGGGUUAAAUAAUAGCACGCGUUUCAAUUUUAGCGUGACUACGGAUGUACCUUAAUAGGACUAUGGAAUGGCGGUGGAACAGGACCGAGAACAUCUAUAUUAAGCCGCGAAGUGACUUGCGUACUAAGACUGGCCUGUCCUGCUGUGGUUAAACAAUCAAUUGCACACUAUCAGUAGCUUAUACAUAUACCUUAAUUUAGCUGUUGAGCAACCGGAUUAUGUUCUUCCGAUGUGAAGGAUGGGAAAUAUCUUACGAUAUAAAGUAUAUUAUACACAUAUUGUUUGUAUCAGCUAGUCAAUUUUUUUAAAUGGGCAUUCAUUAUUAUGAUGUGUUGUUAAAUAUGUCAAAGUGUUUGUUUAAUGUAUUGGUCGCUUGACCUUUUCAUUACUUCAGUCUUGUAAGUAUGAUUGUUUACUUAUUUAUGUGUUUG